GCUACUACAAGUCUCUAUAGAUCUAAAUCACAGGCCUCGUCAUCAGCGCCAGUCUCAUCGUCGAACUCCGACAGCGUCGUUGCCGAUUGUGUCGUUUGUGGCGACAAAUCCAGUGGAAAGCACUACGGGCAGUACUCAUGUGAAGGCUGUAAGAGUUUUUUCAAACGGUUGCAUUUCCAAUUAGCUUUCAUCUCGCUAACGAUUACAAUGAGAUCAAGAUCUUUUAGUUCAAUCAGACGAUCGCUGUCCUAUGCAUGUCGUGGAACGAAGAAUUGCCCUGUGGAUGUGAACCAUCGAAAUCAGUGCCAAUUUUGUCGUCUGAAGAAAUGCGUGAAGAUGGGCAUGAGAAGAGAAUGUUAG